AUGGCAGGCGCAAAGAAUCCCAUGGAGGCCAAGCGAAAGCAAGACAAGAAGAAGCAACUCGCCAAGAACAAAGCAGCCAGGACUGAAUCGAAGCAGAACAAGCUCCUCAAGGCAGAUCACCGUACCAUUGACGCCGAGAUCAGGACUCUCUCUGCUACGAGCAGUCUCUCUGCGGAGGACACAGAGCGAUUGGCCAGUCUCAAGAAAGAGUCAGAGAGGAUCCACAAAGCCAAAGAAGCUUAUCUCGAGCAACACCCCGAAGCAAGGUCGAAGCUCUUUCCGGCUGCUUCUACCUCCGCACCUCGUCCUGGACCUUCCCUACCCGUUAUAGACACGAAAGAUCUCUAUGACUCGACAGGCAAGCUCAAGGAUCCCACACGAAGCGCGUAUUAUGAUCCUGUCUUCAACCCCUUUGGCGCUCCGCCGCCUGGCAUGCAAUACAAAGAGCGAGAGGAUGCGCCGCCGUUACCCCAGAUUGACGCGUCCAGCGAGGAUGGAUCCGACGAGUCGCAGCAAGAUGAGCAGAGCGAAGCAGAUUCGGAUGACGAGAUACCCCUUCCAUCAGGUCCUCCCCCGCUUCCACAAGGAGUACCCGAUCAGCCUGUUGAGUCAGAAUCAAGCGAUGAGGAGUUUGAGAUACCUAUGCCAGCCGGACCGCCUCCACCCAAACACAUCGUCCAGCGGCCGAUUCAGACGACGGCACCUCCUCGCCCAACAUUUGUCCCGCCAAGACCGCUUGCACCUCUACCUGCCAAACCCACACUAGCAGCAAAGGCAGCUCAAGAUCCCACUCGUGCGCCUAUCACCCAAGAAGAGAUCAAGAGAGCAGCUGCAUCUGCUACAAUAUCCGCUGCGCCGCAAAUUCGCGAUCUUAAAAAGGAAGCCACCUCAUUUGUGCCGUCGGCUCUCCAGCGCAAGCGCAAAGCCGACGAGUGA